CUCAACCUCAAUACCUCAUCAAUUGAUCAUCUAGUCCAGUAAACUUUGGUAUCAAAACGAAGACAAAAUCGAUAACCUUUAAAUCAAAAAUCGGCAGAAACAAAAUCAGGCGCAAGAAAUCAAUUAAGGUGGAAGAUGCGCCGAAAAUGUUGUGGAAAGAGAUUACGAGUAGAGAUGAAGGUAGAUUACGACCUAAUUCUUUCUCCCGUCGCCUUCGAUCUCGUCGUAUUUCCUCUCUUCAGCUUUCCAACUUCAAAGAAUUCGUUUCUCCGCAUCGCGGCGCCAUUAAUUCUCUCCAGGUUGAUUUAACAGAGGGGCGAUAUUUGCUUUCCGGUGCUUCAGAUGCAUCUGCUGCUGUUUUCGACGUUCAACGUGUCUCAGGGUUUGAGGAUGGAGGCCUCGUUGCAAAGCACAAGUGCCUUUUUGUUAUUGAUAAACAGCACCAACAAGGACACAAAUAUGCCAUAUCCUCAGCCACAUGGUAUCCAAUUGACACUGGGCUGUUUGUUACUGGUUCCUAUGAUCAUCACAUCAAUGUUUGGGAUACGAACACUACUCAGGUGGUUAUGAAUUUUAAGAUGCCUGGAAAAGUUUACAAGACUGCCAUGAGUCCUAUUGCUACCUCCCAUAUGUUGAUAGCGUCUGGAACUGAAGAUGUUCAAGUUCGUCUUUGUGAUAUUGCUUCAGGGGCAUUUUCUCAUACGUUGUCUGGCCAUCGUGAUGGUGUAAUGGCAGUUGAAUGGUCUACAUCAAGCGAGUGGGUUUUGAUGACAGGUGGCUGUGAUGGUGCCAUACGUUACUGGGAUAUCAGACGUGCUGGAUGUUUUCUGGUUUUGGAUCAGUCCAAAUCUCAACUUGGCAGACGCCCACCGUUGUUAGAACGUUCAGUUGCUGACAAGGCAGCAACAUCUAAGGCAACAGGGCAGAGUUCAUCUGCAAAGAAUAGGGGACAGCAGAAGAAAGUUUCUCUUGGUAAUGAUACAAAGCUUUUUGCUGUGUCUAGAAUGCCUUCUCAACUAAAGGGGGGAUAUUCAAAGCAAAGGCGCCAUCCUGGCAUGAUGUCAAGUCAAGAUCAUGCAACUGCGCACUAUGGUGCUGUCACAGGCUUAAAAGCAACUGAAGAUGGCAUGUACCUUCUCAGUGCAGGUUCUGAUUCAAGAUUAAGAUUGUGGGAUAUUGAAUCUGGCUGUAACACACUAGUGAAUUUUGAAACUGUGCGAUUGCAAAACAGCAAAGGGAUACAGAUGGCUGUGGCUCAGGAUUCGUCUCUUGUGUUUGUUCCUUGCAUGACAUCUGUGAAAGCAUUCGAUCUUUGGUCUGGCAAUACAUCUCUGACUUUUCGUGCCCACUAUGAAUGUGUAAAUUGUUGCUGGUUUAAUGAUCAAGAUCAGGUAAGACACUGUUUCUUUAUUAUGCUGGCAAAACUCUUCAUAUAUGAUGCCUUCUGCCUAGUUGAUGCAGUGAAGCUGAGAGUAGAUAGAAAUAAGGCCUAUGUGAUGUCACAUGAUCAAUCUCGAGAUGCUCUGAUGUUUCAUGGAGGAUGUUGUAUUAUGGAGAAUACUUGGUGGAAAUGAACUCUAAUACUAGAAUAUACUCCCUCCUCCAUAGUAUAGUGCUUGCAUUCCUUUUGGGUGUCCCAAAAUAUUGUGCCUAUUUUUUUUUUAUCAUUUUAUUUGGACUAAAUUACCUUUCAUUUCUACAUAAACUUUUCAAAAUACCCGUACUUUUCUUUCAAAUUAUGUGCCCCUAUUUAUUGUUUUACUCCAUUCUAAGGAACAUUUAUUGCUUUUUGAUUUUAUUUAAAGGAAAAAGAAAAUAAAAUACUAGUUCCAAGACAAAAGUGCCAAAAGUCCACUUCCUUAAUAUAUUUUUUUGAAAAUCCUACUACCACUUCAAUUUUCCUUAAUUCCCGUGAAAAAUCACAAGUGAGCACUAUAUUAUUGGACGGAGGGAGUAUUUGUUUGGCCCGAGCCUUCCUUUUUCAUAUUUGCGUGAUACCUUUCAAUUUAUUCAAUUUUUUGUGGUGAACUUAUGUGAAGGAAAAUAGAUUGUAGCAUCUGAAAUCUCAGCUAGUUUUUUAUUCCAAUUCAGAAAUUACGAAUUUUUUUUGGGGUUGGUACG